UGUCCAUAAACUGUCAUAAUUCAUGGCGAUAACGAUACCUUGCCAUUGAUCCUAUAAAAUGCACAGCUAAAGUAAAUAACGUCUGAGAGUUCAACUUAGGUAUAAAAAGCCAAAUGAUUUCACCCCUGAAUUGAAGUACCCUGCGGCUGAGACUGCGACAUCUUGCAUAGCGGCUAUUCUGGCGUCGAACGCAGUAAAAUGACACAGAACCUGUAAUACCGGCUACUGGUCCACAUUCGCUGGAGGGACGCUGUGAAGCCGACUGAAUGCAUUCUGUGAUUUGAUGCUAAAGACAAAACUACAUUCGUGAGAGAACGCUAUUAAUUUGGAAGAGCUGCACAUUAAAGUAACCGCUACUCUACCUGCUUGCUUCUGUAACUCUAUCCUGUCAAGUAGAAGAAUCAUACGCAGCCUCCCCAUGUUUACUCGGCACCUGAACGUCUUGGGCUCCGGCUGGUCUCCCUCCGCACAGGCAUCACUGGGGUGGUGGCGGACUCCGUACCCGUUCAAUCCCUCAUGGUGGAUGGGGCACCCCCCCUGGCCUCGGCAGUUUCACCACAACAGGAACUUGCUGGUAAACCCAGGCGCUCGAGAUAUCGGAACUUGGGGACGAAGCACCUCAGGUUUGGCGACAGACCACCCCAGGUUCUUAUUCACUGGUUUUCAAAGGGCCUUACAUCUUUCCCACGGAAUCAUGGAUAAUGCAAAAACUGAUCCUCCGCACAAGAGGAGGAGAAGCCCAGAUGACGAGAGGGCCGGGCAGAAACCACGAAGUUCACCCAGUCAUUUUCCCUGUCACGAGAGGCAAGGACGAGAGAGCCAAAAUAGCGCGAUUCCAAAUGACCCUUCUCCGUGGAAAAUUCAGACAAGUCCUCCGAAGAGAAGACCGCCCACAGAAAUAAAGAGACAGUGGGAGGAUUUUUCUCACCUUUAUAAGCGCAGAUCAAAGUCAGAUUCGCCCUUUGACUUUUCUGUGAUGUCGUACAACAUCUUGUCUCAGCAGCUCCUCCAGGAAAACGCUUAUUUGUACAAACACUGCCCUUCAUCUGUACUUGACUGGAGCCACCGCUUCCCCAAUAUACUGAAGGAACUUGAGCUGCAUAAUGCAGAUAUAUUGUGUCUACAAGAAGUGCAAGAGGACCACUAUCAAAAACAGCUCAAACCCAGUCUAGAGUCUUUAGGGUACCAUUGUGAGUACAAGAGGCGCACGGGCUGGAAAUCGGACGGCUGCGCGGUGAGCUUCAAGCGGGACCGCUUCUCCUUGGUGUCUGGGCACCCCGUGGAGUACUUCCGGCGGGACGUCCCCACCCUGGACCGGGACAACGUGGGCCUGGUGCUCCUGCUGCGCCCGCUCGGCCCUCCCGGCCCCCGCGGCCCCCGCGGCCCCCCCGGUCCGGGGCAGGUCCUGUGCGUGGCCAACACGCACCUCCUGUACAACCCGCGGCGGGGGGACAUCAAGCUGGCCCAGCUGGCCGUGCUGCUGGCGGAGAUCACCCGCGUGUCGCGCCUGGCGGACGGCGGCGCCUGCCCCGUUGUCCUCUGCGGGGAUUUCAACUCCGUGCCCGGGUCCCCCCUCUACAGCUUCAUCCGGGACAGCUGGCUGGAGUACGAGGGCAUCCCCAUCGGGAUGGUGUCCGGUCAGGAGGAGAGCCACAGAGUGCAGCGUCUCCUCCCCGUGCCCAUUUGGCCCCGGAGCGUGGGCAUCAGCCAGCGCUGCCAGUACGAGAGCCAGCCCGGGACGGAUGCAGAGGCUGAGGGAGAGGCCUCCUGUCUCACAGAGGGAACAGACGCCCCACACAACGAGGCUCACAGACCCAGCAUCGCCCACGGCCUCAGGCUCACCUCGGCCUACGCCCACCGCCUGACGGAGGGCGGGAGGCCCGAGGUCACCACCUGCCACUCCAGGACCGCCAUCACCGUGGACUACAUCUUCUACUCCGCGGCGCGGGGGGACACGGUGGCACAGCCAGAAUGCAGUGCGGCUCCCGAGCAGGGGCUGCAGCUCCUGGCCAGGCUGGCGCUGGUGGACAAGAGGGACCUGUGGACGGCCAACGGGCUGCCCAACGAGCGCAACUCGUCCGACCACCUCCCCCUGCUCACACGCUUCCGCCUCUGCCCCUGACUCCACCCCCGGCCUCGCCUGGCCCCGCCUCUGCCCCUGACCCUGCCCCCGGCCUUGCCUGGCCCCGCCUCCUCAGCCAAAAACAUCAGCAGUCACACCAGCACAAACAAACUCAUACAGGCCUUGCUUACUGUGUCUCUGCGUUGGGAAAACAGGGACGUGGUUUAUUUUAUUUUACAGUUGGACUGACAGAAGGAAACAGGAGAAAAAUGGACUGCUGUGUCAGUCAGGAAAAAUGGAAUGAAAACAUUCACUUACUGUAAUAGGACUUGUGCAUCACGUUGAAUGCACAUUUUGGGAAGAGUUGCGUUGAGAUGUAUACAACUGGAGUGCUACGUUCACACUGGCCUAGUUGUGCAUCUAUGAAGACAGAUUCAUAGGGGUGUUUAAUUAGUGCCAGCAUUGUGUAGAUAUUGCUUUGGUUUGCUUCUGGCUUUAAAAAAAAAAAGAAAAACAUAUUUCUUGCAUUGUAUUUUAUUUGGUUUACAUGUUUACCUGUGUAGGUUUUAUUUUUAUUCUCAUGAAAUACUUGAACAUGCAGUCAUGCGGAUGAUCUGAGAUUUUAAAGGUUUUAUAAAUUUAUUUGUUUACUGACGUUGGCAUUAUGGCGGGCAGGAAGGAUUUAUCACAUGAUUCAUGUUGUGGUGUCUCCUAGCAACAUGUAUAUUAAAUGAUUUGAAUAGA